AUGUCGGUAUCUGCCCCGCCCAUUCUGCGAUUUGACAAGCUGCCGGCUGAGCUGAUUUCUUCGAUCAUAUACUUUGCUCAGAUCGCUUGGCAUAACGAACACUUCGCGGCACAAGCACCAUUCGCCGGGGUAAAGCGCUACCAGGUGUCAGGAUCUGCGUCCGCCCCGCCCUCUAUACCCCAGUGCUGCAACGGGAUACGGUGGGAUUCCAGCCGACCGAUCUGCAUACGCUCAGACUCUGGCAAAGCCCUCCCCCCUCACCUUCCUUCUCCUGCCCAUAGCGCAUCGCUGGUCUCGAGAAAGUUACGCGAUGCGCUUAUUGAUGAAUCCCGGAUCUGGAAGCUGGAUAACACAUUGUACCCAGCGAUCGCGAAACUUUCUGGCGAACACCGGACGACCUCGAGCGGCCGCCAGGUUAUACAAUACGGAUCUAGGAGCCUCAUAGCCCUGGACGUCUGCACCUGCUUCCUGCUUAGCGUCCGGGCCUUCUACUCCAGUCUGGAGCGCGUCAAGCUCAGGCUACCGUGGUCUGGUGAUGGAACGCUGGGAUCCGAAUUGCAGCAAUUCCUUCGUGAUACCAGAGGGGGCGCUGACGGCCACCUGCGUCAUGUCGAUGUGGAGGCACUAGACGCUGACCCGCUUCACAUUGCGCAAGGCUUGCGCCCAUGCUCCCGCACCCUCGAGUUCUUAACAAUCGACAUUGCCGCAGGCUUCGUCGCGGAGGUCCAGGGCAGCGUCACAUUUCCCCGACUGCGCUACUUCCGACUUUGCACUCAUCGCAUGUGCGGGGCUGCGCUACUUCGUUGGAUGGUGUUGCCAUACGCACUUGACCUGCAUCUCGAGCCGGUAGUAUACUGGCGAAAGUCAUUCACUGCACGGCACCCCACGAUAUACGAAGUUCCCUUCUGGCCAUCGCGGUAUGCCCCGGAGGAGCGCUUCGAAGGCGAAUGGAGGUGGAUACAGAAGUUCGCCAAGACCUUGGAUCAACCCCACCGAACCGCCGCCAUCCACAGCGCAACACCGGACCAUCAUGUGGCGUUUGGCGAUCCAGCCGACAUACUCAGUCGGCGCUCGGCGACGGUGGUUGGGCUAGAUGUGCGCAUUGAUCCGUCCACGAAGCCCCACGAGCCGGCGGCGGCGAAGUUCCCCGAGCUGGUCAGUCUGACUCUGGCGGAAUCAGCAGCGGAGCUCAGGCCGGUCUUGCACGACCCGGUGGGUCGUGACUGGGAGAGGAGCCAGGAACUUCAAGGCAAGAUCGCCGCCCGGCGUUCUCUUACCUUCAGGGAUGGGCAAUUCUCUGCAUAUGACCGCGCUCGGGAUUUCAACUCUCAGUAUCCGAAGGCGUUAUACGACACGUUGUAUUACGUGAUACAUGCUCCGGUAUCGUGGGCCGUAGCUGCGCAGGAGCUUGUCUUUGCCAAGGACAGCUGGCUGCCUGAUCGCUCUUUGGGAUACCAGCACAUCCUACAGUGCUUCAACUCUAUCCGGGCCCUGCAUGUUGACAGCCCUGCGCUACCUCCGGACGUUCAGUUUACACAGAACAUGGAGGGAUGCUUCACUGCGGACCAUUUGCAGGCACUUGCCUUGAGCCUGAACAUCCCGACGUCGGCCGGCAACUAUGUCUGUCUCGCCCUGGAACACAUUCAUCUUCGUGUUCCUGAAGAGACCUUGAAGGGCUGGAUAGCGCCCAUCGAUUGGGAUGGGAUGCUGAAUUCACCGGGACGUUUGGCGUCGCGUGCCAGGAAGAUUCGGUUGAGCACAUUCUCGGGUUAG